UACGGCCGAACUGUGGUUUGAGAGAUAAUUUAAGUGAACCGUUUAAGACUCAUUUUUGACUCAUCUAGUACAAUAUAUAUAUGUAUAUAUAAUAUAAUUUACGACAUGGAUUAAUACCAUUUACUUUUUAGAUACUCGUAUAUUUCAGGUUUAAUCUUCAGUCUCUCUUCAGAUUGAUUUAGAAGUUUAUGAAAUUACAAACCUUUACCAUUGUUAUGCUAUAACAACAUAAUUACACUAUAUUGCCAUGGCUAGUGCAGGUAGUUCAAAAUCUAAUACAAUUGUAAAAUGUUGCUGCUGCCAUGAUUUAUGUUGGAAUUUUGAUAAAGAUAUAGUCCGGUGUUCAUGUUGUCAAAGAAUUUACCACAAAUCAUGCUACUAUCCAACUCUGUUAAAUGUUGAUACUUCAUUUAUUUGUAUUAUGUGUGAGGACAUUAAGAAGUAUUCUAAAAAUGUCCAAAAUAUAAAUAUUUCAUUUGGAUUCAAUGAAAAAAAAAUAAUUACUCGAAUAUUAAUGGAACUAUAUUGUAAAUCUGAAAACAUAGAGUUAGUGAAAGAAUGCCCCAAUCCCCAAAUGCAUCCAAUGUAUUAUAAAAAAAUAAGCCAACCCAUGUCAUUAGGAAAUAUCAGGCGAUUCUUGGAACAAAAUAGAUAUGAUAAAGUGAAAUAUGUUAUAUGGGAUUUGUCAAAAAUAUUUGGAAAUGUAAUGAUUUAUUUGUCACCAAGUGAUCCGUAUUAUAAGAUAGCAAAUGAACUUAAUGAUUAUUUGUUCAAAAUGGUAGAGAAAUGGUUACCUAAUCUUGAACUCUGAACUUUAUAGAAAACAUUGGUUUGUAAAAAUUAUUUAUUUAUUGUAAUAUAUUAUUUUUGAGGCCGGAUUAAGCACCUAUUGGGCCCCGGGGCUGAAAUUUUAUAUGGGCCCUUUUGACAAAACAUGCACUAAUUUGGGUAUUAAACUACCGCCUCGGCUAGAUCCCCCCCUCCCUUUAAUCCGGCCUUGAUUAUUAUACUAUUUAUUUAAAAUUUUAAGCGAGAAGCAAAAUAAAUAAAAUUAUUUUUAAAUCACAAAUAUUACUUCCUGAUAUCAAAUGUGCAUGUACAUUUUUACA